GUAGCUGCCAUGAACGCACCGCUCGUAACCAAGGCAAAGACGCUCUCGUUGGUUACCAGGGCAAACAUUUCGCUUUGUUAGCGUCCAGUCUGCUAGCUUGCCUGCCCAAUCUGCCAGAUUGUCAUCGAACAACCACCGCGAAUGCAACUGGAGUGUCGUUUCCCCAACCUGUAUGCGGUUUGAACGAGGCGGACAUCAUCCCCUUUCCUGCCAUUUUGAGCCACCAAGCUAGCUAACGUUAGCUCCGCAGCCACCAUGGCUGAAUUCGGGUGUAAUGCGCGUCAUCAGAGCGAGGUGAUCAACUACAUGCGAUUUGCUCGAUCCAAACGCUUGUUGAGACUCAAGACGGUGGAUUCCUGCUUCGAAGAACUCAAAGACAGCAGGCUGGUGGAGGAGACCUUCACGGUGGACGAGGUGCGCGACAUGCUGGACGGGCUGCACGCGGUGGUGCGCGGCGAGGUGGAGAUGGAACUCAUCAACACGGCGCACACCAACGUCCUGCUGCUGCGCCAGCUCUUCUCCCAGGCCGAAAAGUUCUACCUCCGCCUGCAGACGGACAUCUCCGAGCUGGAGAACAGGGAGCUACUAGAGCAAGUAGCUGAAUUUGAAAAGACUGACUUUAAAGUUUCUGAUAAGAUGAACCAGGACUGCAGCAAACCCAAGUUGGCACCGCUUAAUGAAGGCGGAGUUUCAGAACUUUUAAACAAGGAGAUUGCAAAACUACAGGAGGAGAACGAUACACUGAAAGCCAAACUGCGCACUUUAGAAUCGCAGGCAAUGAAUGUGCUGGACGAGAAGACAAAGGCCCAGAGAGCCCUUAAAGAUCUCCAGAAGGUGCAAGGUGACCAGCAGCUGACGGCUCAAUCCAAGGAGAUCAGCUGUCUGGAGGACACGAUGGCGGCCCUCAAGGAGGACUACGAGCACUCGCUGACGGUCAACGCCGCCUCCCAGAAGGACCUGCAGGAGAACCUGGUCUCUGCCAAACACGAACUACUGCGAGUGCAGGAGCAGCUAGCCUUAGCGGAGAAGGAAUUGGACAAGAAGUUCCAACAAACGGCGGCCUAUCGCAACAUGAAGGAUAUCCUGACGAAGAAGAACGAGCAGAUUAAGGAAAUUAGAAAACGAUUGCAGAGAUACGAGCCGAACGAAUGAGUCCCUGUCGCAGGUUGGGCCGCCGAUCAAAUGGAAGUUCGGGGAGAACGACGGAAGCAGAACGUACAGUAGGUUUUGGGAGCGGAAACCUUCAAUCCUGACGCAAGCAGAAUAAAGCAGCACUUCCCUGAGGACUUGUUUAUUCACGCUUAAGCCGACGUUUUUUCUCUCUUGUCGCUUUCUGGUUUCGGAUGGGCCGAUCAGAACCUUCUUAAACUGUAAGUUAUCGGUAUCUUUGAGGUUCUAUGCAACUUCGAUCGUGUCCGCGCUAGAAGAGGCCUUCAUUGGACUCUCCGAAUGAAAAAAGAAAUUUGCUCUUGGAAGCCACUUGGUUGAAUGAGAAGUCACUGAAAAAGCCAACGAAUGUCUGCUCUUUUGAAAGUGCUGCAGCUCCACUUUUCUGUUCUCGCUCAUUGAAUGACGCGCUGCUUUGUUAGCUAGAUUUCCCUCGCUUUGCUACAUGUAACAAAUAUAGACAAUUUUAGCAAAUGUGUACCUGGACAACGGAUCGUCAGAGUAAACCCAAAUCGACAUGGUCUACAUAUAGUAAACAUAUACUACAAAAUAUUCAACUAGACAUGCAUUCUGUUCUCUGUGGACUGGCAAAUUAAAAGCUGUUUGCAAAUACACUGUGGCAAUGUUUUAAGCGUUUUUACCACAUUGUAGCAGUCUGAUGGCCUAAACGGUAUCAAGAGCGCUGAUAUGCAUUUACAACCUAAAUUUGUCCACUAGGACUGGUUCUUUAACCAAUGAGAUUUCAAAUUUGUCCUCACAAGCCCCGUGCGCUGACCUUGAUGAUGUCAAGAUUUUUUCCAUCCUCUGGUUGGUUU